GCGGGGCGGGGCGGGGCCGGGCGGAGGCGCGGAGUGAGGCGCCUGCUGGCUGCUGCUGUCACUCCUGCUCCGGCUCCGGCUCGGGCUCCGACUGCGGCCCCGCUCGACUUUCUAUCCCCGGCGUGCCUGGGGGCGGGGGCAGGAGGAGGUCGAGGAGACCUGGGCGCAGCCGCCAUGGCCGAGGAUGCGGGCGCGCUGCCCUGGUCCAUCAACAGGGACGACUAUGAGCUGCAGGAGGUGAUCGGAAGUGGAGCGACUGCGGUGGUCCAAGCAGCAUACUGUACCCCCAAGAAGGAGAAAGUGGCUAUCAAACGGAUAAACCUUGAAAAAUGUCAGACCAGCAUGGAUGAGCUCCUGAAAGAAAUUCAAGCCAUGAGUCAGUGCCAUCAUCCUAACAUUGUGUCUUACUACACGUCCUUUGUGGUGAAAGAUGAGCUUUGGCUGGUGAUGAGGCUGCUCAGUGGAGGGUCUGUUCUGGAUAUUAUUAAACACAUUGUUGCCAAGGGGGAACACAAAAGUGGAGUCCUGGAUGAGGCCUGCAUUGCCACGAUUCUCAAAGAGGUUCUGGAGGGCCUGGAAUAUCUGCAUAAAAAUGGACAAAUCCACCGGGAUGUCAAAGCUGGAAAUAUCCUUCUGGGUGAAGAUGGCUCGGUGCAGAUCGCAGAUUUUGGGGUUAGUGCUUUUUUAGCAACUGGUGGUGACAUUACCCGAAAUAAAGUGAGGAAGACCUUUGUGGGCACUCCUUGCUGGAUGGCACCAGAAGUCAUGGAACAGGUCCGUGGUUAUGACUUCAAGGCCGACAUCUGGAGUUUUGGAAUUACUGCCAUUGAGCUAGCCACGGGGGCCGCUCCCUAUCACAAGUAUCCGCCCAUGAAGGUAUUAAUGCUGACAUUACAGAAUGAUCCUCCUUCUUUGGAAACUGGUGUUCAAGAUAAAGAGAUGCUAAAGAAAUAUGGAAAAUCAUUUAGGAAAAUGAUUUCAUUGUGCCUUCAAAAAGAUCCUGAGAAAAGACCAACGGCAGCUGAACUGUUAAGACACAAAUUUUUCCAGAAAGCAAAGAAUAAAGAAUUUCUCCAAGAAAAAAUGCUUCAGAGGGCGCCAACCAUUACUGAGAGAGCUAAAAAGGUUCGGAGGGUGCCGGGCUCCAGUGGCCGACUUCAUAAAACAGAGGAUGGUGGCUGGGAGUGGAGCGAUGACGAGUUUGAUGAAGAAAGCGAGGAAGGGAAGGCAGCCAUUUCACAACUCAGGUCUCCUCGAGUAAAGGAACCGUUAACAAAUUCUGAGCUCUUUCCUCCAUCUGAUCCCAUGGGUACUUUACUCCAAAUUCCUGGACCUUCUCCUGCUCAACUACCUCAACCAGCAGGACAGACUCCUGCCCAGUCAGCUCACAUCCCUGUCCCUCUGCCUGUCCAGGCACCUGCAGCUCCAGCAGGAGGAGCAGGGCAGGCUCCACCAUCCGAAGGGGUAGGUUCCCAAGAGACCAAGGUCCCCAUCAGUCUGGUACUAAGGUUAAGGAAUUCAAAGAAAGAACUUAACGAUAUCCGAUUCGAAUUUACUCCAGGAAGAGAUACAGCUGAUGGUGUGUCACAGGAACUCAUCUCUGCUGGCCUCGUGGAUGGCAGAGACCUAGUCAUAGUGGCAGCUAAUUUGCAGAAAAUUGUGGAAGAACCUCAGUCAAAUCGCUCUGUCACUUUCAAACUGGCAUCUGGUGUUGAAGGCUCAGAUAUUCCCGACGACGGCAAACUUAUAGGAUUUGCACAGCUCAGCAUCAGCUAAACCACAGUUGCAGAGGAAGCUUCCCCAUGGAGAACCCACUCAUCAUAUUUCUAUUGCUCUGUUGGCCUAAAAUCCACUACUGCCAAAGAACCCAGGCCUGCCCUUCCCCCUGCCCCGGUUGGAUCACCACUUUCUGGCAUCAGCUCACCAGAGUGGCCAUGACACGCUCCGUUUGUAAGCUGAUUGCUGCACAAGCCGCGUUGUUCCCUUUGUCUCAGACACUUGGACUGGUUGCCCCCAGCCUGUGGGCCCAUCGAUCUAUUAUUGCCUUACUUGACAUAUGCCACGGAGCACGAGGCCCUGUUUCUUCCAGCACCAUGGGGUGCCCAGCUGGUGUGGGCGCCACUGGUGUUCCUUGUCAUCAGGCACAUCUGCACCAGAUGCGGGGGCUGAGACUUCUUGUUGCCGCACUAUAGCCAUGAAAGAUUGGUCAACUGGAUGCCAGAGGACUUAAUUGCAUAUUAUUUCCUUUGGUCCUGGUGUAACUCCUAGCAACCAACAUAAGGACAUAAUAAGCACAGUUUCUAAUGUCAUUGGCCUGAAAUUUUCCAGUUUUAUUAAUCACGUUCUUGAAAAUUUUACUGAGGCUCAUCCGCCACAUCCUCCUGGGCGGCUGCUUCCUGAGGAUGCUUCCUGGAGGUCUGCUUACCUUGCCCUGGGCCUCCUGUCCAGCAUCAGGUUGGGUGGGUGAGGUUGGGCAGAGUGGGAAGGACCUCUUGCCCAGUGCCCAGAGACCCUCGGCUUACUUUUCCCCAGAAUGACUACAAGCAAGUUAUUACUUACAUCAUUGGAAAAGUGGUGAUUUUCACCACUUAAAUAAAAUUAAAAGAAACUUCCCCUUGAUCCCAACAUCUUUCCUCCCAUGAGAUUGACCCUCUCCAUGGUGAGGGAAAGGGUCUGUGUGGAGCAAGGCUGAGGCUUUCGCAGCAAUAACGGAGGGUCAUGAUUGCCUGGCCUGCCUCCAGCCCCCUCUCCUGUACCCAGACACCUCCACCAACGCAGCCUGCUUCGAGAUGUGCCCAGGACACUGAGGGUUUAGGAGGAGACGGUGUGGAUUCAGAUCUCUACAGAAAUCAUAAAUGAGACACGUGUAAUACAAUAUGGGAGGAAUCUAUGGGUUUGGGGUUUUUUCUACAAUUUCACAACUGGCCUUCAUAUCCUGCUGUUGGCUGUGGGGGAGUUUUCCCUGCAUUCGCCAGCCCAGCCUCGCCUUUUUCCCAGACAGGGAGAACCCAGGGCAGGCUGCUUCCCACAGGUGACCAGAGAUCAUCUUGGCAUUCAGAUUACCAAGCCUUCUGACUACCAAGCUGGAGCUCUCUGUGUCCUCUCUGAAGGUUCCCCAUCUCUAAUGAUUUCUUCCAGCAUGUUCCUAUCAGCCUUGGAGUUCCUUUGCCCCCUUUCAGCCAUUGCCAAGUUGGGGUGGGGGGGUGGGAGUGGGGAAGGGGCAGAUCUGACAAGAGUCAGAGACCCCAGCAAAAGUGGUGAAAGGGUGGGACUCACAAGGGGUUGGGGUGGAGGGAAUCUAGAUGAGUUUGAGGUGUGGGGGAGGGCAGAGAAUGAGGUUCUUUGGUCCAGGCAUGUGGUUUGGCUUCCAAUGGUCCCAUAGUGACCUCCUCCUUGUAAAGCCAGCUGAGUGGUGCUCUCUCUCUAGUUAGCUUUCUGUUGAGGAGUGUGCUUGGGGAAGGUAGGAGGCCAGCUGGCCACUGCUCCCUCUGCCCCUACAUCCCCAGAAGCCUCACGCCGGGAUAGAAAUUCUAGGUAGUGAGUUGAGAAGGUAGGAAAUGGGCUAUUUUUGUCUCUUUUAUUUAAUGAUUUUUUUCCCACUGAGAUCUAGGGGGACAGCUAGCAAGCCCCAGGACAGUAUUAUUCUGCUUAUUUCUCUUUGGGCAUGUACUCAUGCCUCCGUUGAUUUGUUUGUGUGGUGGUGCUGAGAAACUCGAGGGUAGAAAGUGCACAAUAGGACAGUGGGCUGCCCAGAGCCCAGCUGGCUGGGAAGAGCCCUCCUCUGUGGGUCUGUGGGGCUCUGGGCGCCAUCCCCGAGGGCGCCGGGCAGAGCUGGGGGACAGCAUGAGGCCCAGAAUAAGUGCCAAGGCUAAUCAUGGAAUGUAGGGUCUGUCUGCCACGGCUAAGGGGCUUGUUUGGGGAAUCCAGCAUAGAGCCAGCUCAUCGUCACUUAGUGACUACUCGGAGAAGUAGAACAGCUCUGUAGGAGCACACGGGGCUUCUCUGCACAGGUUUGCAUGGUGAACAACAAAAGAUGUAAAAUAUUCAGCCGUCCCCUUUUUUUUUUUUGACUUUGUAUUUUCCUGCACGUUCCCCUCAUUUUUAAUCAAUAAAGAACAAAUUGUCCGUG